AUGGAUCUGGGAACAAUUUACAACCGAUUGUGCUCUCGUGCAUUCUAUCACUCGGCGAGCGAAUACUUGUCAGAUGUAACGCUGAUGUGUGAAAAUGCCAUGGUGUACAAUCCUCCGGACACAACGUACUAUCAGCGCGCUCGAAAGCUUCUUGCAUAUUGUCGGAAACAGAUGACACCGACAGCUCUUCGUAAAUUGUGUGACCAAUUGGAGUUAACCGGUGGAUUGAAGGAUUCCGAAUUGGGUGAUAUUCAGUCACCAACCGAUGCGUUUUCUCGACAUCACAAACUAAAUCGUGGCCAUCAUCGGCGUCUGAUCACCGGGAGGGAUUCUUUGGCAAGUGGUUCUUCUCGACUAGUAUCCGGUUCUAGCAGUUGGCACGGAAUACAACGGAACACAUCGGGUACAGGAUUGACACGUUACUCCGGCUCUCGCGCCUCCAGUGGACACGAGAGGCGUUCAUCUCAUCAAAUUGGUCGACCUUACAAAGAUCGAUCAUCUGAUACCGCUUCAAUUUCCUCUCCGUUCUCUCCGUACGGAAAGAGACAAAGGAAAUCUAGUCAGGAUUCGAUUGGGACUCCGAGGUCUGAAACAUCCAAGCCAUCUCCUGCAGCUGAAAGUGAGUUAUUUAUUUAUUGA